AUGAAUGAUAUCACUUAUAUUAAUGACAAACAAACUGAUGAGCAAACUGACAUACAAAUAAUAAAUGAAGAUGAUGAACUAACAAUUCCUGAAACUUCACUUGCUAUGAAUAGUAAUAAGAAACAAAAAAUAACAAAACUAGAUAAAAAAAAACCAUUGACCAGUUCUGUAUGGAAUCACUGUAAACGAACCAAUCAUCCAAGUGAUCCUACACUUAAAAUUGCCACUUGUCAGUACAAAUUUACUAGUGGUAAGAAUGCUGGUGAAAUUUGCAGUCAUAUAAUAGAAACAAAAGGACCAACAGGAAAUAUACAUGCACAUCUUAAUAGUCAUGGUAUAACAAAUUCAUCAAACCCAUCUAUUACAUCCAUAGUCAAACCACCAACACAAAAAACAUUGGAUUCAAUUGUAAUGCAUAAUCCUAUCAAACAAAAAGAACUUAUUCAACUAUUAGUCAUGUGGAUAAUUGAAGAUCAACAACCAUUAUAUAUUUUACAAAAUAGAGCUUUUAAAAGAUUUAUUAACAUUACAUUUGAUUUAUGGACAGCACAAAGUGGUAAGGGAUAUUUAGGUAUUACAUGUACUUUUGUUGAUGAAUCUUUUCAUCUUCAAGAAGUUGUAUUAGCAUGCAAAAGACUUGAGUAUCCACAUACAUCUGAAGUGAUUAAAGAAUCAUUACUUUCAAUUUUUGCAACUUGGGGUGUAGAACACAAAGUAUUUGCCUAUACUACUGACAAUGGUAGUAACAUGGUGAAACUUUCAAGAAUUAUUCCUUCAGAAAGAUUAAUUAAUGCACAAAAAACUUUAAAAAAUUACAAUAAGGAACUAGAAGAAAAUGAUCAGUACCUACAACUCAUAUCAGAUGUAGAAACAUGUUGGAAUUCAUCUUACCUUGCAUGGAAAUGUUUAAUUCAAAUUCAAGAUCUCAUUACAAUGAUGAAAGUUACCUUAACAUAUGAAAAUCAAGAUGCUGAUACAAAAAAAGAUGGACGACGAUUGAAAGAAAUUGAUUUGAGCACUGAUGAAUGGGAUACUAUCAAAAAGCUUUUAAAGAUAUUAGAACCAUUUGCCAAAGCAACUCAGUAUUUAGGUGGUGGUAAAUAUGUUUCAGUGAGUUUUAUCUAUCCAAUAAUAUAUGAUCUUAAAAAGCAAUUUCAGCCAUUUGCAACUGAUAUGGAUUUAAAUACAACAAAUGAUGCAUUUGAAGAUGAAACAAUACCAGAAGAUGAUAAUGAAGAGGUAAUUGAAAUUAAUACUUCACAACGUCGUAUUAAAGUCCGAUAUCCUCAAGAUUGUUCUGGUUUAAUACAAAAAAUAAAAGGGUCUCCUUAUGAUGCAUUAAAUCAUUAUUGGAAAGUUGAUGAAACAGAAAUUAUGAUUGCCACUAUACUUGAUCCACAAACAAAAACCAUGCAGUUUGGCGAUGACAAUCUCUAUGAAAAAACAAAAGAAGAGUUAACAUUCCAAUAUAACCUUUUCAAGUCAGCAAACUCAGAUGAUGAACAGCCAGAAUCUUCCAGCUCUCAUGCCAAUUUAAAUCAAACUCAUAAACAAAAUUAUAUUUCUGGUUUAUUUAAAAAAAAUGCAGAUAGUGAAGGAGAACUUGAAGAAUAUUUCAAUCAUACUCAAAUUGAUUGGGAUGCUAACCAAUUUGAGUGGUGGGAUAUGUACAAAUCAAAAUUUCCAAUUUUAUCAAAUUUAACAUGA